AUUGGCAUUGGUGAGAUUGAGUGUACGCGGUGGUGGCUGUAUUGUAUCGAAUGAAGUGAAUGGUCAGUCACUUCAAUAUAUCAUUUACAUAUUAGACAAAAAUAAGUUAAUACAAUAAAAAUCAAAAUGAAACUAUUUUUUAUUACGUUAUUGGUUCUACCGGCACUACUCUGCUUCCAAAGCUCCAGCACAAUAUUUGCUAGAGCAGAUGAGGAUGAACUUGAUGAUGUAGUGGACAUUGAGGGUGAAGACAACCAGGUGGUGGGAGACGACGCUCUCGGUGAUGACGAUGAUUCAAUUGUUAAAUCAUCACAAGAUGUUGACACAACUAUACUGUUCAUGAAACCCAUCACCAGUUACGGUGAUGUGGCAUUCGAUCUUCAAGCUGGCUACCCUGUUGAGUUCCUCGUUGGCUUCAUUAACAAGGGCUCUGAAGACUACAUCGUUGAGACUAUGGAGGCCUCUUUCCGUUAUCCCAUGGACUACAACUAUUACAUUCAGAAUUUCACAGCACUACCUUACUACAGAGAGGUCAAGCCUAAACAAGAGGCUACAUUCGCUUACUCAUUCAUCCCCAACGAGGCUUAUGCCGGACGUCCAUUCGGACUUAACAUUCAGCUCAACUAUAGAGACGCCAGCGGAAACUACUAUCAGGAAGCCGUAUACAACCAGACAAUCAACAUUGUCGAAGUAUCCGAAGGACUUGAUGGAGAGACAUUUUUCUUGUAUGUCUUCCUUGGUGCCGCCUGUGUGUUGACCUUAGUUCUUGGACAACAAGCAUUAUCUUCACUCGCAAGAAGAUCAAGGUCCCCACGAUCCGUGUCUAAGCCCAUUGAGACCGGAACUGCCACUAAUGUUGACUAUGACUGGUUGCCAAAGGAUGUGGCUAACCAACUUAAAAAAUCACCCAAAACCCCCAAACAGUCACCACGCGCGAGGAAAGCGAAAAGAUCUGCCGGCGAUGAUUAAGAAGUCCAGUUAUUUAAGAAACAUCACACCCACGUGUGAGAAGAUGCAGUGUGUGAUUGUGAACGCAGCUAAAAUAAGAUUAGGUCUUAUAGUUCUGUCAAACUAAUUUUUUUUACGAACAUCAUCCAUGGUUGAAUGUAGCCAGCCUAAUCUUAUUUAAGUUGUGUUGAAUUAAGACUGUGUGAUUUUUAGUUGAUGAGUAAGUUAUGGAACAAAAUGUGUGGACAGCCUUGUAAUGUUUGCGGUGAUGAGAAGACAUAAUUUAAUUAAAAUGUUAAUUUUU